UAGAGAGAAAGAGAGGUGGUCUGCUUCACAGCUCUGACGGUCUACUUUACUUUCGCGGACCCAGACAGAGAAGGACUCCCAGCGGAUCUUUUUAACAGAGUCUAACCGAGACUUGAGCAGAACGAACCUGAACCUCAGUCGUCAGCACCUUGGACAGCGAAUCAAAGCAAAACCAACGGGAAAGGCGCUCCCGAGUCCGGGCGUCCAGAGACGUGACUCCCCGCUUUGGAUUUGCGGUUGUCCCCCCCUCCCCCCCACCACCUCCGCCCGCGCAUCAUCAUGGGCCGCAGCGGACUUUAGUUCAGUUCAUGAGCUCUGACAGCCCAGAUAUGCCCUUGAAGGCAAUCUAACCAGAGUUGCAUUCAGCAUGCAGCCUGCACGCGGGACUGAGCGAUCGACGGGGAAACUUAGCUCGGACUGAAAUCUUCUGCGAAGCUUUAAUCAGAGUUGUCUCGACAAAAAAAAAAAAAAAAAAAAUCGUAGACUUGCUUUGUGCCGCGCACCAUGGGGAAAAGGCACCUUUUGUUACUUCUCAUUUAUCUGGAUCCACUGAGCGUGCUGAGUGCGGCCACGGGUGGGAAAAAAACCAAACAGACGACCAGGAAGGUUCCCAAAGCCACGGCGGCUCCCACGGUGGUGGCGCCGCAGCCGAAGACGCCGCAGCCCGCUCCGGCCAGCAACCACGACACGUGCCUGGGUUAUUACGACGUCAGCGGGCAGUAUGACAAAAUGUUCGAAUGCAACAACACGGACCAUCGCUACUGCUGCGGGACUUGCUACCUGCGCUUCUGCUGCGAGUACAAGAAAGACAGACUGGAUCAAAAAGCCUGCACGAACUACCAAAAGCCGGUGUGGGUGCAGACUGCCGCCCCGUCCCCAGUACCGACGGGGGAGACUUUUGAGGGCAUGGACCAGACCAACACGGCGGUCUACAUCACCUGUGGGAUCAUAGCCUUCAUCAUAGUGAUGGGAGUGUCCGCAAAAGUUGCUUAUGACAAAGCCACGGAACCGCCCCAAGAGAUGAAUAUACACAGGGCCCUUGCCGACAUCCUGAGGCAACAGGGGCCCAUUCCCAUCUCUCAAUACGACUGCGAGAACUUUGCAGCGAUGAACGGCUCGUCCAAAGACAACACACCGGUCAGAACCUCAUCCAAGAACCACUACACUCCUGUUCAUGCCUCUAAAUCCAACCACGGUCACUACGGGAAGGAGGUUGUGCGGAAUAGCGGUGGCGCGGACCUUCACAACUUCAUCUCCUCUGGUUUUGUGACAUUGGGGCGAGGUCCACAGAAAGGAGAAAAACAUUGGCCCGUCCGCUCCCAGAGUCACCAUGGUAGCCAUCCACACAACUAUAACCAUGUGGCUUUAGGUAGCCCCAUACGCACCCCUAAGAAUGCCCACCGAUCAUUGAGGCGUGACAACAAUCGGAUAAGUGGCAUCCUGACCUCGCAGACGGAGCCCUACGACCUGUCUUUUUCACGCUCCUUCCAGAGUCUGUCCCACCUGCCGCCCUCCUACGAGGCGGCCGUCAAAGCCGACCUCAGCCGCUUCUCGUCCCUGAAGAAACUGACAGAUAAAGAAGUUGAGGACUACUACUCUCGUAAGCGACACCUGCCUGACCUGGCAGCGCGAGGCACUCUUCCCUUGCACGUUCUCAAAAUCACUCAAGACCAGCAUCGGGAACAACAGCAGCUUCAAAGUCAGGUUCCACAGUCUUCCAUCAUGCAGGCAACUUCCCAGUCACAGUCCUCCCAACAGCAGUCCCAGCAAAGGCAGAGACCCCGCCGCGUCCAGAGAGCCAUGUCCCAGGAUCGGGUCCUGUCCCCACAGAGCGCCCCGCAGCAGGAUUACAACACGUCGUCUAAUGGUAUGUCCCCUUACGGAGGCCGAAUCCUCUCGGACGAACAGCUGCUAUCUGCCGAACGGCUUCGAUCCCAGGAACGCCUACUUCCACAGGACCGCUAUACUUCCCAAGACCGCCUGUACACCAAAGACUGCAUGUACUCCAAGGACCGACUUCUCUCACAGGAUCACCUCUACUCAAAAGACCGCCACUACUCUCAAGAACGACUCUACUCACAAGAUCGCCUGUACUCACAAGACCGCCUUCUAUCCCAGGAUCCUUUGCUCUCGCCGGACAAGCUGAUGAUGUCGCUGAAGCGCGGCAUGGUCAGUAGUAUUUCCGGCGGGUUUUAUGGAAGCGACAAGUCCAUGUCGCGUGCCAUCUCGCACACGGACGUCUUCAUACCCACCACGCCUCUUAUGGAUCGCUACAAGAUGACCAAAAUGCACUCCCAUCCCAGUGCCUCGAACAACGGCGGCGGCGGAGUCAACGCUGGAACUCCCGGAGCGGUAGCAGCCCCGCACUCCAACACUUUAGCAAUGAACCAGACUGUAUCCAAGCGGCAGGCGUUUGCCGCCAGACGGACUCACACCGUGGAGCAGCUCCACUACGCCCCGCAGCAUCACCAGCAACAACAACAACAACAUCCACAGCACUACCGCACAGGAAGCAAGACUGAGGUGACAGUGUAAAAACGGCAACCACGGAGUGCCUGAACUGCACAGACAAAAAAACAACAUCGUGUCAUUGGCUUUGGUAGGCCGAUGUGCUCACUACUCAAGAGUAGGACAGUAGUGAUUUCAUUUUAUUUUGACCCAUGUCCCAGGACCAAGAACAUCCACUAGCUUAAAGUGAGAGACCGGUAAAAUGAGCUACACUGUACACGACAUUCAGAUUUUUUUAAUUUGGGAGGUAAAAAAAAAUGGUCACUUUCGUAGGACAACCAUCGUUCCCUUCUCGCUUCAUUCUCUUAUUCAUGGCCUCGGCCUCAUUCCAGGUCUUUUGAAGUCUCGACUGACCC